AGUACCGGUGUGCCCAUUGCCCACUGGAUUAGGGCGCUCUCCACAAUAGUACUAGUGGUUAUAAACCUACUCGCAGUGCUACACAGUCAUCAUUGCUCAGUCCCAGUAUCAUCUACCUUCAUCCAUGGAUCCUUCAAAGAUAAAAGAGAAAAUCGUUCGCUUUCGAAUCCUCAUCAUAGGAAGAGCGAACGCAGGAAAAACGACCAUCCUAAAGAGGGUUUGUAACACCAGCGAGAACCCAGAGAUAUUGAAUAGUGCUGGGGAAAAGAUCGAUGUCGAUGUUUUGAAGGAAUCCAGAGGGCGUGGAGAACACGACAUCAAGAACGAAAUGGUGUUUCGUAAAAAUCCAGGCUUCAUCUUUCACGAUUCACGUGGUUUUGAAGCAGGCGGCGAAUCCGAGUAUCACAAGGUGAACGCAUUUAUCGCAGCCCGUUCGGAGGAAAAAAACAUAAAGGAUCGUAUUCACACAAUAUGGUACUGUAUCCCAAUGGAUGAAGCAAGCAGGGCGUUCACCGAAGCCGAACUCAAAUUUUUCUCCCACUGUGAUACCGGAAGCAUCCCAGUAAUCGUAAUAUUUACGAAAUUCGAUGCCCUUUACGACGUUGCAUUCGCCCAACUAAGAAAGAAAGGAAAAUCAAGGAUAGACGCUAAGAAACUUUCUCCGAAGCGCGCCGAGGAGACAUUUGCGAACGGGUCGCAAUUGAAGUUUCUGUACCACUCUAAGGACAUUCGACGGCCACCAAAAUGCCAUGUAUGCCUCCCUGACAUGGACAAGGAUGAUGCAGACUGUGGGCUACUCAUCGAGCGCACAGCUGAAACUUUGGACAGUGAAGUGCUUCAGCAAUUGUUUGUCUCAACUCAGCAAACGAACUUGGAGCUCUGUGUGAAAUGGGCAGUAGAACGCGCACUUGAAAAAAUUGUUGUCUCUGAUGAGAAAAUCUCAUCUGAGAAUGCAAUAGCGAGCUUGGGUAGCUGGUUUCCACAUAUUUGGGUAAGUGUUCGCAGGGUGUGAGUGUCUCGACCCUCGUUCGAGCUCGAGCCAUGCUGAUCCAAGCCAUUGCCCACUGUUCGCAGUAUGU